AGCAAUCAUGACCUAUGGUAUUCGAGGUCAGUUGAUAAACAUACCCACUCAUGCAAGAAGAUUGCUUUAUUAUGGCUAUUAUUCUCUAUUAGCUGUUUCAUGCGACUUGGGCCAUACGUUGGAGUUUAUUUUACGGUAGGUAACCCUUGAUAUACGUUGAAAUAGCUUGAUGUUACUGGUAGGGUAAGCUUGAAAUACUUUACUUUGAGAUAUAUUAAUAUUCCAUAUAUUUAUUUUAAUUCGUAUGUUUUCAAAAUAACACGUGAAUUUACAGUUUUGUAAAAAUAAACCGUGGAGCAAUGCUGUUUCCCGAAAUCUUUGAAUUCAAUUCGGUUCUUCCAAACGUACAAACUGUAUCGUGUAGAUUUACGUGUAAACUGUCUCAAUUACUUGUACACUCAGUAGUCUUAAUUUAACAUAUCGUUCGGUUGGGUGUAAAAUGUGCGUGUUAUAUUUCUGUGUAUUUACACUAUUUUAUAUCAAAGUCACCGCACAGAUAAAUACUUUAAAUGCCGUGUUAUUUAAUGGUGACUAUGAAUUUAUAGAUCUUAGCUAUCCUUUCGAUGCAAAUACAAUAUAUUGGCCUCAAGCACAAAAGUUUCAAUUUACGAAGCAAAUUAUAAACGAUGGCGUUAACUGGUACUCUUCUAAAGAAUUUGUUGCUUCCGAACAUGGUGGGACUCACCUGGAUGCACCAUAUCAUUUCUAUGAACAAGGAAACUUUGUGGGAAACAUUCCUCUUAAAGACUUAAUUGUUCCACUUAUAAUUGCUGAUGUGAGUUCCAUGGUUAACGAUGAUCCAAAUUUUGUUCUUUAUAAACAUCAUUUAGAUUUUAUGAUUAAUGAAAAUUUUGGUAAACCAUGUUUAAUUGUGUUCAAAUUUGGAUGGAGUAAGUUUGUAAAUGACAAACAAAAGUAUCUUGGAUUGGGGCCUAACAAUACAUUAAAUUUCCCUGGCCUGAGUAGUGAAGUUAUGGAUUGGAUAACAACUUCAUACAAAAAUGUUGUCGGAGUUGGCGUUGAUACUUCUUCUGUCGAUCCUGGAGCAUCAAAAGAUCUUCCCGUCCACAAAUUAGGGUCGAAAGCAGGGUUGUACAAUAUAGAAAAUGUUAAUUUAUCAACAACUAUACCAGAAUAUGGUUGCACCGCUCUUGUAAUGCCAAUGAAAAUUGCCCAAGGAAGUGGAGCACCUGUCAGAUUUGUAGCGGUUUGUCCAAAACAAGUACAAACUGAAUUUUAAACAUUUUGAUUUGAACCUAUACAGUUAAUAAACACGUAAACAAAUGUUAAUAUGUAAUGUAGUAUUUAUGUGCUGAAAAUAAAUCGCUUUAUGAUUUUUAUAAAUA